GUCAGCAAACAAAAGCAGGGUUCAAAAUAAAAACACACCCAGCUGUGUGUGCGUGCGGUGUGGGUGUGGUCUGCAUGCAGGAGCAGGGCGAGGCUCAGGACUUAAAGCGCGUCUCCUGUUUCAGAGUCUGUGUGAUCGGCAGCGCUCAGGUGAACUCAGGUUGCAGAAGAGCAGAAUGGACCUCUCAGACGCUCUUGAUGGUGGCACCACCCAGUCAGCAGCAGGAGGAGGUCUCUGGCCCGGACAGCCCAAUGCACCCGUGUGGCCGGGUCAGCCCAACCAGCCCACCUGGCCCGGAGGUUCCACUGGUCCAGCCUGGCCUGGAGGUCAGCCUGCUAACCCUACCUGGCCCCAAGGCCCCAGCCAACCCAGCGGACCUUGGGGUCCAGGUCCAGGCCCUUCACCUGGACCUGGACCCACUCCUCCUGUUGCACCCCAGCAGAAUCUGACGGUUCCCUUCAAUCUGCCUCUGCCUCAAGGAGUGUACGACAAGCUGCUGAUCACCAUCGCUGGAACUAUCAAACCCAACGCUGACAAGAUCACAGUGGACCUGGCCACAGCUCGUGACAUCGCCUUCCACUUCAACCCUCGCUUCAACGAGGGCGGCAAGAAGCUGAUCGUCAGAAACAGCUGCAUCGGUGAAAAGUGGGGCAAAGAGGAGAGGGAGCUGCAGCACUUCCCGUUUGUGCCGGGGCAGAAUUUUGAGAUCAAGAUCCUGUGCACCAACACGGAGUUCAAGGUGGCCGUCAACAACUCUCACAUGCUGGACUUCAAGCAUCGUAUCACCAACCUGAGAGACAUCAAGAGACUCAGCAUCUACUACGACCUCACGCUGUCAAGGGUCAACAUGGAGAUGAUGCCCUGAGACAGGCUGCUGACCCAGCAGAGAUCAGUCAGGAGGAAAUUAUCAGUGAAUGUUUGAAGGCAAUCAUCAGUAGAUGCUUUGAUUCUUCCACAUGUUUCUGUUCAGGUGUCUAAUGAAUAAAGACUUCAUAUUCUGGG